AUGUUGAAAAAUCAAGUGAACAGAUGUUACGGGAAGCAGGUUACAAAGAUUGGCGCUCUGAUUGGAGUUGCAGCACGACUCGUAGUGGCUCUGCUCAAAUUACCAGUUCAAAGGGAUGGCGUCUUAGUAAAUAUGCCUCAAAUCUCCGGCAACUACUUGAGAAUUAUGCGUCAACAGUGGCAAAAUGUAGAGUUCUUGUUCGUAGACGAGAUAUCUAUGGUUUUGUAUAAGAUGUUGUGCAUGAUAGACCCUUGUUUACGCCAGCUAAAGAAUUACGAUGAACCCUUUGGCGGUAUAAACGUUAUGCUCUUUAGAGACCUCAUGCAGCUUCCGCCAGUGCGUGGGAAACAGGUGUUUCAACAGCCGGACCACAUGAGAUCAGCAACUCAUUUAUGGCGGCUUUUCACAUUAGUCGAACUCAGACAAAACAUGCGCUAG